UUCCUUCAAAGUCCCAACAUGAGAGAGUAGGUUUCCUUCUUUUUAAGAGACCUAACUCAUUUCUCCACUUCUUCAUAUAUUAGGUUUCGUUCCUUUAAGAUACCUAAUUUAUUCAGAGGAAGAAAAGAAGGGUGAAGAAGAAGAGCAGAAACAAUAGUUUGCAGAGCGUGUUCUUCAGGUAUGGGGAGAAUGUCAAAGAGGUGGCACAGUUGGCUGAUUGAACAUGUUCGAAGUAUCGAGACUUUUGCAACCGUAGUUUUUGACGGAAGCGAUGAAACAAUCGGUAUUAUCUCUUAUAUCGUAUUGUCAAGGAAUUUGAAAACCUUGUUAAGAAAUCAUAGGAUGUAUCAGGCUCUUGAUCUCAAGGAAGGAGAAGCUGAAGCCAUUUUUGAAGAAUUGAUUAGUAAAGAAAGUAUGGAUGAACAUAACUCUUCACUAAUUCAAUUUCACAUUAAACUUUUGGCAUUGAUCCUAAGUGAUUCCGAAAAAGAGUCUCAAUCCUCACUUACGAAGAGUGAAACUAAUUCAUGGUUAAAACAUUUGGAGGGUUUAAUAAUGCAAAAUGAGAAGGCCAAAGUGUCCCCAUGUCCAAUGGAGCAGGAUGAUGCUCUUAUAGAUAUAAGAACCCAGGUUGAUGAAGCACACACGGAUAUGCUAAGGUUAAAGAGCACAAAUCAUGGGUUCCUCAUUUGUUUUUGGAUACAAGGGACCUUAAUUAUUGUUAUCAUUGUAUAUACAUUUUUUGUAUUUUAUUUUAGUGGAAUACAAAAUGAAAUUAUUUUUUUUAAUUUAAUUACUAUUAUGGUUGUAUUUUUAAUUAGGUAAAUGUACAGUGAUAUAUUAU